AGAUGAAUAAAAGCCAGCAUGAACCUCCUUACGAAAUUGAGAACCAGUUUAUAUUGCGUCUGCCUCCGGAACAUGCUGCUGCUGUCAGGGGAAUGAUACAAUCUGGAAGUGUUGCCAUGAAGGAUAAACUAAAAAUUGACUUAUCUUCUGAUGGACGUCAUGCAACUGUUGAGGUGAAAGAUGUCUCACUAACUGCUAAGGUGGUUGACUUGCCUUGCGUUAUUGGAAGCCUGAAGACUCUCGACAAUAAAAUGUUUUAUAAAACGGCAGAUAUUUCCCAGAUGCUUGUGUGCACUGCUGAUGGUCGUCUUCGCUCUUCUUUGGAAGAACCAGUUACCUCUACUGAUUUUAAAGGAAUCAAGAAAAAUGAAAGGGGGAGACGGAAAAAAUAUGUCUGGAAGCAUGGCAUUACUCCUCCACUUAAGAAUGUCAGAAAGAGAAGGUUCCGCAAAACAACAAAAAAGCCGGUUGAUUUAAAACAAGUCGAAGAAGUCAGCUUUACUGAGUGCACUGAACCUCCUGAUGCAGAAAAGGAAGUGAAAAGACUACUGUGUUCAGAUGCUGAAGCUGUCAGUGUCCGAUGGGAAGUCAUUGCUGAAGGUGAUGGCAAGGAAAUAGAAAGUCAAGGCUAUGUUCCAAGCUUUGAGAUAUCCCCGGGAACAAGUGGCUAUAAGCAGGGUCAUAGUUCACCAGAAUAUCAUAUGCUUCCGGAGAAACUCAGUGAUUCUAGCAGUAACAGUGAUAAUGAUGAGGACAAGGACCAGGAUGAUGAUGAUGAUGAUGAUGAUGAUGAUGAUGAUGACGAUGAUGAUGAUGAUGAGGAAUUUUACUAUGAUGAUGAUAACGAAGAGGCGGAACAGUGUUAUGAAGAGAAUCUGCAAAGAGAGCUACAGGCCAAAUUGAUUGAAUUUGGCCAGUGUAAGGCAAAGGAAGGAGCCAGUUCAAUAGUUAUGGAAAUUCAGAAGCAUAUUCAUUACAUGGAGAAAAAGCUACAAGAGGUUCAGUGCAGAGCACAAAGACAGAAGGAUCUCAUCAAGAAAGUGGAAAACCUGACACUCAAGAAUCAUUUACACUCUGUGCUGGAGCAGCUAAAGUUACAAGAAAAGCAAAAAAAUGAGCAGAUCAUUUCCCUACAGGAAAAAUUGAAACAGUUUCUGGAGAAGUGA